GUGGUUAGACCGACCUUACCUUAGGUUCCAGUCGUUUCUUUUAGAUUAGCAAUGUAUUUUAGACCACAAUGAUUUCUCAGUGAGAUGGGAGGGAUGAUGUUGAGGUGAGCGCAGUUUGUCGGAGCUCCUCCUCAAUCGUCGGAUAGGGUAUGAACAUCACAUUUGCUCAAUGAGAGCAAGGGAACACAAAAGACGGAACCGAAUUUCGACCUGGUGUGUUACGGUUGCCGUUCUAUUUACCGCUAUAUAAGAGGCUAAUAUGAAGAUAUCGUUUGGAAAGCCAGACCCUGGAAAGCUUCAGGAAUACUCCCAUGUUGUUUGAAGCCCACGGCAGCACCAUGCGUUGUGUCUGGUAACAAAAACCAGCUCACCCUCUUACCAGCCAUCCAUUGAGAGUAUAGAAACACACACAGCACAUCACAGUGAUGGGUUUGGACCAACCCUGCUUGGAUAUGGUGGUGCAAAGGCCCUUUCUGGAUGCAACUUGUAAGAGGCACUGUCACCAGAACCUGCUUAGAAAGCUGAGGCCCAUACGAAUCCUGGGUUUUGUGUUCAGCCUGGUAGCCAUAAGUGCUAUCUCCUUUUCCUUCAGCGCCUUGACAUGGAGCUCAGGGACCCACUCGGAGCUGCUCCUGCCUCAAGAGGCCCUCCUUCAGUCUGGUCCUGCUCCCCACAGGACUCUACUUUCCACUCAGCACCAGAGGGAUCCCAAUGUCUCAGCCAACAUGCCCGUGGCCAUGAGGUCUUCGGCAGACGGCAACGAGAGCCAGGGGGACUACCCCACGGACCUGUUCACUCUGGAAGAGAGGCGCCAGGGUGCUGUGGUGCUCCACAUGUUUGGGAUGCUGUACAUGUUCAUCUCUUUAGCCAUUGUGUGUGAUGAAUUCUUCGUGCCUGCUCUGACAGUCAUCACAGAGAAGCUGGCCAUCUCUGAUGACGUGGCAGGGGCCACCUUCAUGGCGGCAGGCGGGUCAGCUCCCGAGCUUUUCACUUCUGUCAUCGGCGUAUUCAUCUCCCACAGCAAUGUGGGUAUCGGAACCAUUGUGGGCUCAGCUGUCUUCAACAUUCUCUUCGUCAUUGGAAUGUGUGCCAUCUUCUCCAGGGAGAUCCUCAAUCUGACCUGGUGGCCCCUCUUCCGUGACGUCUCCUUCUACAUCAUAGGCCUGAUCAUGCUCAUAUGUUUCUUCCUGGAUAACUACAUCUCCUACUGGGAAAGUAUUGCUCUGCUCUCAGCCUAUGCCACCUAUGUGAUCUUUAUGAAGUUCAACAGCAAUGUUGAGGGCUUUGUGAAAGGCUGCAUGAACAAGAAUCAAGUGGUGGAGGUGGAGGUUCAGCCGAAGGCUGUGAGUCCCGGGGCACCAGAGGAUGAGAGCAAGCUGUCGGCUAGGCCACGGCUCCAGAGAGGUGGCAGCUCAGCCUCCCUGCACAACAGCCUGAUGAGAAACAGCAUCUUUCAGCUUAUGAUCCACACACUGGACCCACUCAGUGAAGAAUUUGCUGAUUCUGAACUUGGAACUUAUGGAAAACUAAAAUAUUAUCACACAAUGACCGAGGAAGGGAAAUUCAGAGAGAAGGCAUCCAUCCUUCACAAGAUUGCCAAAAAGAAAUGCCAAGUAGAGGACAGCGAGAAAGCCAAUGGAGUAGCCAGCCGGUCAGAUAAGAAUCUUCCAAACAGCUCGAAUGUCGAGGUGGAAGUCACACCACCAAUGAAUGGCACUGCUGGACAAGAAGGGGAAGCUGCGGCUGAGGAUGAGGAGGAUGAGGACCAGCCUCUGAGCCUGUCCUGGCCAGACACCAUGCGCAAGCGUUUCACCUACCUCUUAAUCAUGCCCAUCAUCUUCCCUCUGUGGCUAACACUGCCCGAUGUCAGGAAACCAACUGCAAAGAAGUUCUUUCCCAUCUCAUUUCUGGGCUCUAUCUGUUGGAUUGCUGGAUUCUCCUACUUAAUGGUGUGGUGGGCUCACCAGGUUGGAGAGACCAUUGGGAUUACAGAAGAGAUCAUGGGCUUGACUAUAUUAGCAGCUGGUACCUCCAUUCCUGACCUAAUCACCAGUGUCAUUGUUGCACGGAAGGGGCUGGGAGACAUGGCUGUGUCCAGCUCUGUGGGCUCCAACAUCUUUGACAUCACUGUUGGCCUGCCGUUCCCAUGGCUCCUCUGGUCCAUCAUCAACAACAUGCAGCCUGUGGCGGUGAGUUCUAAUGGGCUGUUCUGCGCCAUUGUGCUGCUGUUCCUCAUGCUCAUCUUUGUCAUUAUCUCAAUUGCUGCCUGCAAGUGGCGGAUGAGCAAGCUGCUGGGCUUCAUCAUGUUCGUGCUCUACUUAGUGUUCCUGGUGGUCAGCGUUAUGCUGGAAGACAAGAUCAUCGCCUGCCCUAUAUCCAUUUGAAAAUACUCUCCCUCCACUCCUGCCAGAAAGCAUUCACCCCUUAACACAAGAUUCAAGAAGCAUGGGGAUGGGAUGGAGGAAAGACUCCUACAAGAAUGAGGCCGCAAGAUAUGGCUCGGCUGAUUCAUUGGUCGGAAGUAGAUAAUUUUUAUUUUUUAUUUUUUUGUGUGCGUGUAGAUUGCUGGGUGUUUACAUUUUUUUCGGGGGAUGGUGGGUGGUAUACUAGCCAGGUAGAGGAACAACUAUGCCAUCUUAUGCAUGUCACCUGUUUUACUAGAUCAGUUGAUUCUGGACUACUCCUAGCAGAUUGAGGAUUCUGACCUCCUGUGGACUUUGAGGUCAGGAAGUACACAAGAGACUUCUGACAAAGCUGGCUGAGCUUGGCACAAAAGACCAGUGUUGCCACAAUAUUGUUCUCAGCUUCAGGAUUGUUUGUAAAAAAAAACUUUUCAAAUAAUACUUUGGAUGACCCUCUAACUGACUUCACUGACUGACUAGAUGACUUCACUCAACUUGUCACUCCAGUGUGUAUUGUUCUAGUGAGUUUGAUGAUGAGCAACCCUUGGAUGAAGGGAUGUUGCUGAUGCUACACACAAAGCAUUGGUUUUACAUAAGACUAAAAUAUGGUUUUGAGCCAUAAACUUCUCCUCUCUUGUGUACUUAGUGACCAAGCAUCAAAAGAUGAAACAGUCCAAGCAGUUUUGCAUUCAGAACUGGAGAUAGGAACAGAUUUUUCCUAAUUCAUCUUGUGUUCUGUCCAAAAGCUCAAACUUUACAACCCCCUUCCAGAUGUCAUUGCUCACCAUGUCUCUUUGAUUGACACACUAGCUAUAAUUACUGAAAUAGUAGUAGCGUCAGUUCUACUGUCGCAGUAAUAUGUACUGUAGGUGACUCUUUGACUCUGCCUGGGUCUUGAUAGGGCUACUGAUUAUCUUAUCCUCUUCUCCACCUGCCAUUGGACAUAAGAGUUCAUAAUGUACAGAGCUUGCCAUUCUUCACACACCAAUUGGUAAGGUAAACUCUACUGGAAAAUGUUGACUUGGAACCCAAUUCAAUCAAUUUGCAGAAAAGGAAAACCGCACCACGAUUGACCCAAUGUUUACUCUGCAAAGGACAGAUGUGGUCACACAUCAAUAUCCAAUGACUACGGACCUUAUUCAGAGUUGAGAUACGCAAAUGCAACUGGUAAUUUUGCAUGAAUCAUUCAUUCACAUCUCAAUUUAGAAUAACGCCAACAGUCUGCAAGAAGAAGAGUUUCUGAGUGAAACCACAGGGUAGUUUUCCUUUAUCUGCACAUAAUUGAAUCAGCCUUAAUUGUAGCAUCUCAGAAUAUAUAAUAGCUUACAAUGUUAUUCAUUCUGAAUAAGCAAAGCAUGUGUAAACUCAGAUAGGACACUCAUAAUCAAUAUGUCUAUGUCAAAAUAAGGUAGUAGGUAAAAGAACUGGCACUCAAUGUUUGAAAGAAUCAUACAAUGAUCUAUUUAGAUUAGUGAAUGUUUAGCACACUCUUGAAAUUAAGACUUGAAUAUUCAGGCUCCUAGAAAAGUUUAUAGUAGGAGGGAAAUGCAUGAUAAAAAAAUAUCAGGCUGAAUUGUGUUAUACCUGUGAGAAUUGUCCCUCAAAAAAAUAAUGAAUUCUCAAAUAUUUAACAUUUCGCUAUUUCUUUGACACAAUAGUAUUAGGCUUCUAUGUACAAAAUGUCAACAAAUAUGUGUGGUUAAUAUCUAUCAACCUUGUGCAAUUUAUUUUCAAUUGAACUGUGUUUUUGUCUGCAUAUAUGCAGUCUGUAUACUCUCUGUAUACAGUAAUAGCAAAUCAAUUGAGGUUAUAUUACCAGUAUUUUGCAGCAAACUGAAACAUGCACACAGAAUUAUUGGAUUAUGUAUUAAGUUAGCAAUUCUCAUGCAGUCAUUUUCACAGUCACCCACGCUGUACUUCGAGUUCGUGUUCCUUCUUUUUAUUACCAAUUAACCAUUGAGUGACUUUUACGAAGAAGUAUCAAUCAACAGUAGUGAGCAUGAUCCUCACACAAAAAUCUGCAAAAAGCCAUUUUUGUUUUGUUUAUACAACAAAGUGAUUAGAUAACUCAACAUAUAACAGCAUUACCUUACGUCUUUGAUUUUGAAUUCAAGUUCACUCCACUCAGAGGUAAAAGUCAAUUCUGGCAAAGAGCCUCCUCACAAGAAACAGUCAACUUCUAGGAACAUGGAUAUCACAAAACCAACAGCAAUAUACUGUAUGUACUGUAUGUGUCAGGGUUAGGGUCAAUUAUUUUAUAUAUAUAUAUAUAUAUUUUAAUGAAAUUCCACUUUUCUAUGUAUUUAUUUAAACUUUAUUUACAUGGUGAAGAAUUAGAUGGGGAAGACGUGCAAGGAAGAGAUAAAGUCUGCUGGGGUGCGGCAGGGAUUAAAUCCACAACUGUCAGCACGUGUGCUUUCUGCUGGGAGUAUUAUCAUUGGACCACAGUGUCCAAUUAAAUUGUAAAAUUGUAUUGGUCACACCCCACAGGAAGCAGAAUUUGAAUUGAAUUUGAAAUAACUGAAAUAUAAUUUAAUUCUGUAAAAUUGAAAUGGAUAAUCUAUUCUACACAUCCCUAUAAAAUAUAUUUAUUUUGGCAUGGUUACCAAUACCUUUUCAAAUAAGCUUGAUUACAACUCAUAGUUCUCAAACAGUAUUAUUUUUGUUUUUUUUGUCAAGAGAUGUUAACACUGUUGUUCACUGACAUUCUGGAGUAUUUGAACUAAUGCAUUCUGGGAAAAAAAUGUUUUCUGAUAUUUAACAUAUAUAUUAAUUAUGAAUUACUAUAGACAACCUGACAUAUGAUUAAAACAUUUCAAUUGUUUAACAUUUUGUAGGUUGUCUAUAGUAUUUAACAUGUAAAAUAUUGAUGAAUUACUAUAGACAACCUACAAAAAAGUAAAAGUUAAACAAUUGAAAGGUUUUAAUCAUGUCAGGUUGUCUAUAGUAAUUCAUAAUUAAUUCGUAUGUUAAAUAUCAGAAAAAAAUCAUUUUCCAGAAUGCAUUAGUUCAAAUACUCCAGAAUGUCAGUGAACAACAAAAUGUUAACAUCUCUUGACAAAAAUACAACAAUAAUACUGUUUGAGAACUUUGAGUUGUAAUGAAGCUUAUUUGAAAAUGUAUCUGUAUUCUUUCCUGUAAUAAGUGGCAGGUGCUUUUGUAAAAUAUUUGUCAAAGAAAUUAGACUUUAAUGUUUCAACGCAGUUUAAUUUCUUUGAAUUGCUUUGAAUUAAAUUCGACUUCCUGUGAGGUAUGUCCAAUUCGAAUUUCAAUUCAUGGGUUGAAUUUAAUUAAAUGCCAAAAUUCUGAAUCGACCCCAACCCUGGUAUGUGUCAUUGAGAAUUGCAUUUCCAUGCAUUUGACUGAUGUACUUGUCUGUUGUGACCUCACUAACCUACACAUUUGGAAACUAUUUCUCCCGAAAUCCUCGAAAAUCUCCACAUGACUUACUUUCAGAUAUCUAAACUUUCCAAACACACCUGCAUUUUCUCAGUUCAAUCUCUGUAUAUUUGCAAGAGUAUACUGGAAAGUAUGAAUAACUAAAUAAUGUGAAUGUAUGAGGAAAAUGCAUCUGAGGAAUUUGGGCUGGUUACCCAUGGGUGGCACACAUGAAAUGAAAUUAUGUUAAAUUUAUGCAUAACUCAAAAAGAAUAGGGGUACUCUUUUAUUUUGUAAAUAGAAAAUACAUGUUUUUAUAAGAUUCCUCACUUGAACCAAUCUAGAACAAAACUCCUUGGUCCAUGUUUAUAUUGAUUAACAAUUUAAUUUAUAUAAUGUUUCAAUGGUAGGAAAAUGUAUAUCUUUCAGAAUAUUGAUAUAGUAAGCUUAUUAUAUACACUACCGUUCAAAGGUUUGGGGUCACUUAGAAAUGUCCUUGUUUUCCAUGAAAACAUACAUGA